GGCACGGCGGCGGCGCUGGGGCUGCACAGCAAGCUGCACCGCGGCCGCCGCGGCCUCGCCUGCCGCCACUGCGGCAAGAGCUUCAUCCACAUCAAGCGCCUGCAGACCCACGAGGUGCUCUGCAAGGACGGCGCCGACGGCGCCGCCACGCCGCCGCCGCCGCCGCCGCCGCCGGUGGUGCCGCCGCCGCCGCGUCCGCCCGGCAAGAAGGCGCUGCUGCUGCGGCACCGGGCGCUGGAGCUGUCGCCGGAGCAGGAGCACGUGGUGAAGGUGGUGGACGGGCACGUGGUGUACCUGUGCGCCGUGUGCCAGCGCUCCUACAUGACGCUGUCCAGCCUGAAGCGGCACGCCAACGUCCACUCGUGGCGCCGCAAGUACCCCUGCCGCUACUGCGACAAGGUCUUCGCGCUGGCCGAGUACCGCACCAAGCACGAGGUGUGGCACACCGGCGAGCGCCGCUACCAGUGCAUCUUCUGCUGGGAGACCUUCGUCACCUACUACAACCUCAAGACGCACCAGAAGGCCUUCCACGGCAUCAGCCCCGGCCUCAUCUCCUCCGAGAAGACGCCCAACGGCGGCUACAAGCCCAAGCUCAACGCCCUCAAGCUCUACCGCCUGCUGCCCAUGCGCUCGCACAAGCGGCCCUACAAGACCUACAGCCAGGGGCUGGUGCCCGACGGCCUCCUCCUGCCCGCCCCGGCGCCCGCCGAGCCCCCGCCGCCGCCGCCCGCCGCCGCCGCCGCCGACUUCCCGGUGCCGCGGCCGGAGCCGGCGUCGGUCAUCGCCUACGGCCGGCCCUCGGCCUCCGUCAUCGUGCACAGCGGCCCCGCCGCCACCGCCGCCUCCGUCAUCGCCUACAACGGCAGCGCGGCCGCUGCCCCGCCGGCCCCGACGUCGCCACCGCCGCCGCCGCCGCCGGCCAAGCCGAUGAAGAAGCAGGUGCUGCGGGAUUACAUCGAGGCCCAGCGGGCCGCCGGGGAGGCCGCGACGCCGAGCACCGACCCCGCCGCACGCGGCGGCGCCGGCGGCACCGGCGGCGGCCGCACCAUGACGUACGUGGCCAAGCCGGCCUACGUGGGCACGGCGGGCGAGGGCCGCGCGGCGCCGCUCUGCCAGAUCACCGUGCGCAUCGGCGAGGAGGCCAUCGUCAAGCGCCGCAUCUCCGAGACCGACCUGCGCCUGCAGCCCCCCGCCGCCGCCGCCGCCCAGCCGUCGCCGUCCCCCGCCGCCCGGCCCCGGCCCGGCCCCGCCGCCCGGCUGCGGGACAGCGGCGAGGAGGAGGCGAGCGACGCCGAGGACCGGCUCUGGCGGCCCUACUACACCUACAAGCCCAAGCGCAAGGCCGGCGGGGCGGGCGGCGCCGUGCCCAAGGCCAAGAAGGCGCGGUGGCGCCGCAAGCUGCGCGCCCUGCGC